UACAAUUAGAUCCAUUAAAUAAUUUAGCAUAUUAUCUCAAGUGUCUAAUUUAUUAUACAAAAAAAGAUAUUGAUAAUUCUAUAAUGGUAUUUGAAAAUUGUAAAGAAUUAUUAGAUUUUAAUGAUAUCUUAUCAAAAACUCAAUUAUUUCAUCUGGAAUAUUUACUGAAUAAAAAUAAUUCUACAGAAUUAAAUAAUAUAUUAACAAAAAUUAAUCAAAUUUCUAAUAUUGAAAAUAUUGAAUUACUACUUUUUGUUAGAUGCAAAGUAUAUGUAGAAUUAAAAAUGUAUCAUGAAACAAUAUUAGAUUUGAACUUGUUAUAUGAUAAUUAUUAUUAUAACUAUUAUUAUAAAUAUUUUUAUAUUUUACAUAUUUAUUUAUACACGGAUUUUUGGUUAUAUUUAAAUGUUACUAAUAAUACUAAUGAUCUUUUCAAACUUGGAAUUGUUAAUGGAUUUAGUAAACACAUGUAUGAAAAACCACAAGUUUAUUUUAUAUCAAAUCUGGUAAAUUUAAAUAGCAAACUUCAUCAAUUUCAAGAAAAUGACAUAAAUAGUUUAUCAGAAAAGAUAAUAAAUUCAAAAAAUGAAGAACUUCAUUUGAAUUUGCCCAGGCUACAUUUUAAGCUGUGGGAUUAUGGAAUUAUUUGGAAAAUAAAUGUUAAAGAAAUACUAAAUAAAGAUUGUUUUAUAAAAUUUAUAAUUAAAAGCACUGAUUCUGAAUGGGAUAAAUAUCCUGAUCUAGUAGAAUAUCAUGAAUAUGUGUUAAAAUAUGAAGAUGUGUUAAAACUUGAGGGAUUAGGUUGGAUUGAAUAUCAGCUUCCAAUAAGUGUAUUUGGAUCUUAUGUACAACCUUCAAUUGAAAUAAAUGGUUCUAUUAAUAUGCAAAUAGAUUAUUUUCGACGUGGGCAUAAUAAAGAAGAGAUAACUUAUAUUCCUACUAGCAUUUCUAGCAUGGGUGAUUUAUUACCAAAUUUUCAUAAAAUUUGUCCAAAUGUUCCAGAAACUUUUAAAGAUAAAUAUUUUUCAAGAAAAGUAAUGGAAAAUUUGCUUGAGCUGAAAGAUAUAAUUAACCACCUAUGACUGUUUUUUUAAAAUUAAUACUGUUUUAUUUUUUUCAUUUUUUUCAUUUUGCUUUUAUUUGUAAUAUUUUAAAAUUAAUAAAUUCAUUUUAUUUAUUAUAAA